AUGUUGCAUGUGGAAAUGCCGAGCGUCGGAAGGAGGCGUCCACUUUCGCCUAAAAAUAAGCAGUUACUAGCUGUCUGCUUCUGUGUACUGCUUUCCCUACCGAAUGCGGCCCUCGGCCGAAAGGUGGCCUUGUCGCGGGUGACGAAACCGACCGGACACCGUGGUUACGCGAACGCGGACACUGCCAAGCUGAGCUAUUCGCCGAGUCACUCUGCACCGGCCUCGGCCCCGAAGCCUGUGGCACCCGUGUAUUCUUCCGCGCCUGCUGGCCAUCCUCAGGCACCACCGGCUGCUCCGCACUUCCCGCCAGCAGGUGGUGGUCAACCAUCGUACGGUUGGAAUGUUCCUGGUGCGCAUGGAGCUCCCGGUACAGGUGGAGGCGUAUAUCCAGGAGCGGCAGCAGCUGGAGCUGCUGGAACGGGGCUGGUCGCGGGCAAUGUGUACCGUUCUCACGGUCACAAUGCAACCGGAGGUGGUUUUGGAGGUGGUUUGGCUCACUCACCGCCGGGUGCCUAUCCUUCCUAUCCGUCCCAGCCGGCUCAAGGAUUCCCGGGUGCUCCGGUACAACAUCCAGGAGGUGGUUUCCCUGCACCCGCCUACCAACCACAACCGGGUGGAUACGUCCCACAGCAACCGGGUGGAUUCCCUCAUCAACCGUCGUACGUACCCGGUGGACACUACGAUCAGGGACAACCUCACUACCAGGGACAACCGGGUCAGACCGUUGUUCACCACUACGAGCAGCCUUCGAGCGGAGGUAGCGGUAUUGGAACGGUGUUGGGCGCUGGUGCAGCUGGACUGGCCGCAGGUAUUGGCGGUGCUGCCCUUUACGAUGCGUUGAAACCGAAAGAAGGCAAGGAAGAACCUGCGGCGGCUACAACUGCCGCUACCGCGACGACUGUUGCUGCAGCUGCUCCGGCAGCUAGUGAGACACCCGCUCCUGCAGCUGGUGAGACACCCGCUCCCGCAGCCAAUGCCCCCUUGGCACCGAUGCCCGUUAACCCCAACGGUGAGGCACCUCUAGCACCAUUACCAACGGAAGCGACACCGCUGGCAACUACUUCACCAGUAGAGGGCGAUAGUACAACCACCACCACUACUACUGGAAGCAGUUCAUCAGAGAACCCGCUCGGUAUGGCACCACUGGCACCGAUGCCCGAUUCAUCUCCUGCCACUCCGGCCGACGCUACACCGAAUGUAUCCGGCUCGGAUGUGGAGGUACGUCACUCGGCCCUCAACGUACAGCCAGAUCUGUCCGCUUCGAUGGCUGAACCGGCGAGCGGUGGCGCUGCCGAGUCCGUGCGCCUCUCGUCCGCCAUUUCGAUGUUCGCCCUGUUGCCAGUCAUCGUGAAGUAUCUGCGCUUUUAG